UGAUGGGAGAGUGCCCCGGGGCAGUAUGGGAGCUGGUGCUGAGCACCCAGUGUGCAGUGUGAGGGUUAAUACGGCGAGUAUUCUGGGGCUUGUUGCCCUCCUGACACAGUAAAGAGAAUACUGCAAUCGGCAAUCUGGAAUCAUGGACUCCUCUCCUCCCGUUGGUGUAUGCCUUGAUAUGUGCCCGGCGAGAGAGAUGCGAGAGCGGGAAAGCCAAGGACGUCUGCAUCAGUUCGAAAUACAGAGUGUUCAGUGGACAUAUAAAGGUCACAGAAGAAGAGGUCAUCCUGUCGCUGAUCCCAAAAAGACUGUGAAAGAGUACAGGCGCCCUGCGGCAGGGAAAGAACUGUCCUGCCCUAUAGACCUGCGGACCCCUGCAACCCUAGCCAAAACCGUUCAGUAUCUCUUGAUGGAGGUCUGGCCAAGUGUCAACUACAGGGAUUUGUCGAGUUUGGCCAAGGCUUACUCUUUUGUGUUUGACCGCCUACGUGCUAUUAGACAGGACCUGAUUGUGCAAAGAAUUAGGGGGCAGGGAGGGGCUCUAGUUUUAGAAGGAAGCCUUGGGUUUUUGCUUUGUGCCCCCUAUUUGGUGAGGGACUUGUCGAUAGCAGACUAUGAUGAAGUGCUACACUGCACGCAGGUACGGGAAUGCUUCGCCGAGCUAAUGGAGUGUUACAGAGGGGCUGGAGGAUUUACAAGACAAGCUGAAUUUCAGUCUCUUCUUCUUCUUUAUGACUUAGGUAACCUGGAUACUAUACACAGAGCUCUGCAACUCCCUCAUGGGCUCCUGCAAUCUGCACAUGUCCGUCUAGCCCUCGGUAUAAGCAGAGCCCACUUAGAAAAUAACUGGGUACGGCUUUUUCGCCUGGUGUACCAACUGAACUGCCUUCAGGCUUGUGCUUUUUACCGCCACUUGCCAAGCUCCCGCCACAAGGCACUUUGCCCCCUAAUACAUGCGUACAGCAGCCGGAACUGUCGCUUCCCACUUGACCUCCUUACCAGAAUGAUGGCACUGGACAGCCCUUCACUAACCACGGAAAUGUGCACCAAGCGCGGACAGACGGUAACGUCCGGAGAACAACCUUCAGUCUUGUUCCUGAAAACAACACUCAAGGAUGUGAAGCUUGAGCUUCCAGGCCGAGAGAUGAACUUGGUGGAGCAAAAGAAAGGCAAAGCGUCUUGGGCAGAAGUGAUGAUGGGACAGGACCAUGGCAUCACAAACCCAAUAGCAUCAUUACAUUAGAUUUGAACCCAGGCUGUCUGGCUAAAUAAGACCCUAAACAUUUUUUGUGUGGAUUUCAAAAACUUAAUUUGUAUAAAAAAAAAAAACAACAUCCUUAAAGUGUGACAUUAUACCUAGAAAAUGGCGAUGGUCACCAUGCUUUGGUGCUGGCGUUUUAUUUCUGCCGCUGUUUUAGUUGGUAUUAUUGUGUGUGCUUUUUGUUUCAUACAAUAAGUUUUAGUUUGUCUUUUAUGCAGUCUGUUUUUUAAGCACGGCCAUCUUAUUUCCUGCUGGAUAGCUCUAGAAGUAUGCCUUCUUCUCAAGGUAUAUUCACAUUUUAUAUGUUUCUUAGGAAACUGGAAUAAAGUUUUGUCUCGCCACAAUACAGGAUCGGUCAUCAGUAUCAGAUGGUAGUGAUCUAACCACCCGCACCCCCACUGAUAAGCGGUUUUAGGCAGCUGCUGUAACUGGAAAAUAGACAGCGGAUGGAGCCAGAAGCAGAAGGCUCUAUCCACUGUGUAGUGGCUAAACUGCUAUACGAAACCUCACCAUGAAAGGAGCCUUCAGCUUCCUGCUCCAUCUACUGUAUACUUUCGGAUGCUGGCAGCUGAUCGGUGGGAGUGCGGCCUGUCAGGUCCCAUCUGACCUGAUAUUGAUGAUGAGGAUAGCUUAUCAAUGUCCCGGAAAACUCCUUUAAAGGGAACUUGUCGCCAUGUACAUGCCGUCCAAUCUCUGGGUAGGAGAUUAUGGUGCAGGAGUAGCUGAGAGGAUUUAUAUAUAGUUUUGUGGGAACAGAUUCUGUUUAACUUAUAUGUAUUCAUUUAAACCUCCUGCUCUUUUUAAGCUUGGGAGUGGUUGGUCCUACCCAGUGACUGACCACAGUCAUCGAGGGGAUGCUGUGGUCACUGAUGGGCUCUGAAGAAUAAGAUAAUUAGAGGUUUAAAUGAAUAAAUGCUCAGAUCCUCAUGCACUAUAACCUCGUGCUUAACAUGAGGUUCCCUUUAACCCUCUGCACAUUUGACUGUAUUUGAAGUUCCCUUCCACAUAGCGUCAAUAUUUAACAUGAGUGACAGAUUGUGUCGUUUUAAAGAACCCAGUAGAAAACCUUUCCCGAACUUUCUGGAUAGCGCAGUUUGCAUUUCUGAUAAUCCCGUGGCACAUGUGGACGUCCACUCCAUGAGACAGACUGUAGGCAGGUGGCAGCUGUUUUAUUCCGUGCAGUCUGUGACUGCUGUAACUAUUCCUAGUACAAUAAGCGCACAGGGAUCUAAUCCUGACAAUUGAUUUAGCCCUUUUUGUUUUAGUUGGUAUAGAAAAUGCUUCUGGAAUUAGUCUGUAUUUCCACAAGCAGUGGACAUCUGGAGAGGUGGGUUCGUAUGCAGGAAAUGCCGAAAAUAGAGUUGAAAUAAGGGCUCAUGCGCACGAACGUGUGCCACCCGUGCCGUGCAUUGAGGACUGCUAAUUGCGGUCCCCAAUGUACAGGCACCGUCUGUGUGGCGUGUGCUGGCAGAUGCAGACUCAUUCGACUUGAAUGGGUCCGCGAUCUGUCCGCAUCGCAAAAAAUUUGCAUGUUCUAUUAUUAUUAUUUUUUUCUGGUGCAGCGGCACAGACCAAAAUGCCGCAGAAGCACUCCCUAUCUACCAGAUUUCAGACCCUUUCAAGUGAAUUGUUCCACAUCCGUGAUACAGUGUGCGCACAACCGGUGUCCGUAUAUUGCGGACCCUCUGUUUUGAAGGCCGCAAUACAGCACUGCUGACACACGUUGGUGUGCAUUAGCCCUAAGUGACACAGCACAGGCACACAGAUCAGGUGACGUUUUUCUUAUUAGUAUGGAUUUUGAUUGUAUUAUGUAUUGUAAAAUUUUUCAGUUAUUCUGUAUUUCAAGAAAUUAAAUGUGCGUUGUGAUAAAUGACGGUAAUGGGUCAUGUAAAGAGUACCUAUAUUUAAUUUAUUAAACAUUUUUACAUAUUUUUUU